AUGGAAAAUAAUUUAUUAACAGAAUUAUUAACUGUAGAUGGAGAUUUUCAGAAUUUUACCCGUCUGCCAUUUGAAAAAUUCGUAGAAUUGCACGAAAAGAUUGCUCCUUUGAUAACUAAACAAGAGACGCACAUGAGAAGUUCGAUAAGUUCAAAACUUCGUCUUGCGGUUACUUUACGAUACCUGGCAAGUGGAAAUUCAUACAAGUCACUUGAAUUUCUAAGCAGAAUAUCACGAAUUACAAUAGGAAAUUUCGUACCAGAAGUAUGUCAUGCAAUUGUCAUCGUCUUGAAAGAUAAGUUUCUGAAGGUGCCAUCUAGUAAAGAAGAAUGGCAAAAGAUUUCAUCCGAGUUCAAAGAAAAAUGGCACUUUCCACAUGCUAUAGGAGCUUUGGACGGCAAGCAUGUAGCUAUUCGAGCACCUGCGAAUGAGGGAUCCUACUACUACAACUACAAAGGAUUCCACAGUCUUGUUCUUUUGGCUCUGGUAGAUGCCAAUUACAAAUUCAUUUAUGUUGACUGUGGUGGAAAUGGAAGAAUAUCUGAUGGAGGAGUAUAUAGAAAUAGCUCAUUAUAUGCAGCUGUUAAUGUUAAUAAUGUCUUACAAAUUCCUCCUCCUGAACCUUUACCAGGAAAGAGGAACCCUCUACCUUAUUGCAUUAUUGUCUACUGCGAUCGAAGUGGUAUGAUUCACAACGAAGAAAAGGUGACAGUCAAACCACGCCUACCUAACAGUCGCUGCGAUAACAGUGAACUGCUAUGUGAAACGGCCGCUUAA